AUGGGAAAGAGCAAAAAUACAUGCACUGAGUGUGGGAAAAACUUGCGUGACUAUUCAGCCCGUAAAGAGCAUCAUAGAAUCCACACAGUUAUUACCCAUCAGAGAAUCCACACAGGGGAGAGGCCCUAUGAAUGCAGUGAGUGUGGGAAAAAUUUCACUCACAGAUUCAGCCUUAUUUAUCAUCAGAGAAUCCACAUGAGGGAGAGGCCCUUUAAAUGCCAUGAGUGUGGAAAAUGCUUCAUUAACACCUCAACUCUUUCUAAACAUCAGAGAAUCCACACAGGGGAGAAGCCCUAUGAAUGCAGUGAGUGUGGGAAAAUUUUCACUCACAGAUCAGGCCUUUCUGAACAUCAGAGAAUCCACACAGGGGAGAGGCCCUAUGAAUGCAGUGAGUGUGGGAAAACUUUCAAUCAGAGCUCAAACCUUAUUACUCAUCAGAGAAUCCACACAGGAGAGCGACCCUAUGAAUGCAGUGAGUGUGGGAAAACCUUCGCUUGGCACUCAGCCCAUGUUAGUCAUCAGAGAAUCUGCCAGGGAGCUCAACACCAUAAAAACCUCCAGGGCAGGCCUGCACAACUCGUAAAGCGGUGAGGGCCAUAUUACUCCAAAGAAAACAGCUGAGGGCUGAACUCACCCCGCGCCCAGUGCUGACAGAACACCACCCCACCAAAACACACACACACCUAGUGCUGCCUGCACUGUGGAAACAAA